GUAAAGGAGGUAAUAUAGAUAAAGUCAUAGAAGUCGAUGAUAGUAUGGAAGUAGAUAAUAGCAUAGAAGUGAAUGAUAGCAUAGAAGUAGAUAAAAGUACUAGAGUAAAUAAUAAUAUCAAA